AUGGAAUCAAAGUUAUAUAAUGACUUUAUUGAAGCAUGGUAUCAACUUAGUUUCAACGAAGUUUGUUUGGAUUCUCAAUCAAUCAAAUUUGAACAUAAGUAUCCAUCUGAAGAAUUUAGACAAAGAACAGAAAUAGCUAAAUUAUUCAUAAAUUCAUCAAAAGACCCUAAUAGUCUUUUAUUAAUUGCCUGUAUCAAAACGAUUAGUAACUUACAAAAUAAGAUUGUUCAACAUUUUUGUGACACUAUGAAUUCUAAUUCACCAGAUGUAAGAGUUCAGCGACAGACUGUUUCAUUACAGUCUCUGCAACCAAAAAACCUUCUAUGCUUGGAAAAAGAUAUUAUCAGUAGAAAAUUGAUGAAUGAUACAUCAGUCGUCAACUAUGAAUACGGAAAGGGUACAGAUAUAAUUUAUGAUUUUCAAGAAAUCGAAUUCAUGAUUCGAGAUGAAAUUAGUUGUUUACCAAUGAUUGGUACAGAUAGAAUACAUUAUAUGAAUUAUCAAUUUGAACUUUAUGAAGAAAACGCUUCAUUAAUUACUGAUGCUCGUAGGAAUAGUGAACAGAAGCUAUUAUCUGAGAAGAAACGAACUGAACUGCGGAAAUCAAUUGAUACUAUUCCAAACGAUGAUAUGCUUCAAUAUCUUAGUUCACUUGAUCCGAUUUUUACAUAUUUACGGCACUGUGAGCACAGCUCUAUGCAAAAUUUCACGAUUAAGACAUUUAUUGAACAGCAUAUUCGUUCUAAAAUGGGUCUUGGUGAUAAAUUGUUGCAGGAUGCGAAUUGGUCAAGCAUUGAAUUAACACAUGUUGUUGACAUCUAUCAACUAUUAGAAGAAAUCGCAUUCGAAAAAGUUCUACGAAAUCAUAUUGAAAAAGAUUCACGAGGACCAUUGUUACUUGCAGUUAGCAAUGAAACUUAUCUUAUUGAUCAGUUUAUUCAGACAACGUCUGGAAACGUAGAGAUAGCGCCUUGUUUGAAAAAUUUAGAUAGCUGGAUUAAUAUGCUGAAAAGGCUUCUGCUGCGAGUUUCAUCGAAUAUCAAUUUAAGCUUCGACGUACCAUUACAACAAUUUGCUGCCCGUUCUGAUUUUUGGACUGUUGACAUCACGGCAAACAAUAUUCAAUCAUUCAAAAUUGCGGACGAUAUUUUGCUACGACACGUAUUCAUUAUUUUGAAAGGGUUGGAAGAAAAAAAACGUGAUUCUCAAGGCGAAAGGGAAUUACAUACAACGAAUAAUCCGCGACUCAAUACCGGAAACGCCAAUUCAUCACAGCAGCUAUGGUUUCAAAAUCAAGCUCCGUCCAAAAGUCAGCGCGACAUCCGUGGUAAUAAUACUAAGACUACCAAAAAACUACGGGUAUUGGUGAACACUCGUUUCUUUUAG